GAGUUGGGGCUAAAUCCUCGACAAUUAGUGGAGUUGGAGUUGUAUAAGAAAUACGGCAAAAUUUAUGGAUUAUACAUAUUAUCGAAACCCACGCUAACAGUGGCCGACCCGCAGCUCAUUAAACAAAUUCUGGUCAAAGAUUUCAAUGCGUUUCGUAACCGACCCACACCUCCCGGGUACGACAGCCUAUCUUUGCCCAAAGCUAGAGAUAACAACUGGAAGCGGGUCCGGGCGAUAGUUAGCCCUACUUUUACGUCCGGAAAGAUGAGGAAAAUGUAUGCUCUGAUCGACCAGUGCUGCCAAGACUUCAUCGAUAGCCUCGAUAAGGAUGUGUCGAAUGGUAUAAACGAAGUCGAGUUGACGCAACUGAUGGGGGCCUACACUAUGGAUGUGAUCGCCAGCUGUGCCUUCGCCACCAAAACCAGUACAUACGCCGAUCCUAACAACCCGUUCACUACCAAUGCCUUCAAAUUCGCCAAUAAACCCAUUUGGAAAGAGAUGUUAUCGUUGCUUUUUCCAUCAUUUAUAGUCAACACUAAUAUAUACCGACGUGUCGUUAGCGCCGGCAUAACUGAAAAGAAAUUUUUCUUUGAUUUCUCGCGAAGUCUCAUAAAGAAAAGGAGAGAUAAUAAAGAAAAACACAACGAUUUUCUGCAGUUUUUAAUGGAUGCCGAGAGACCUGAUGGAGAUAUACGAGAGGCCAGUGAUGCCAAUGAAGCACAUCAUGUGAAUGAGGGUAAGGAUGAGAUGAAAGCCUAUGUCGAGGCCUUCGCCGGUGUGUUGGAGAAGACGUUGACUGAAGACGAGAUAUUAGCGCAAUGUUUCCUAUUCUUCUUCGCGGGAUACGAGACAUCACUCAAUACUCUGUCAUUCUGUACCUAUGAGUUGGCACUCAAUCCUUCACUUCAGGACAGACUCUAUGAGGAGACCAAAGAGGCGUUCAAUGAAAAGGGAGAAAUGGAUUACGAAGUGCUGUCGAGACUACCAUUCAUUGACGCACUUCUCUCCGAAACUCUUCGUCAUUAUUCUGUUGCACUUCGACUUAAGAGGGAAGCCAUGGAAGACGUCAUGUUAGGCAACACUGGAGUGAAGAUCGAGAAGGGAAUGAUCGUUGAGAUCCCUAUCUAUGCCAUACAUCACGACCCCGACCACUAUCCGGAUCCAUUUACCUUCAACCCGGAUAGAUUUAUGCCCGAAAACCGGGGUCAUAUCAAACCCUAUACUUACCUCCCAUUCGGUUCGGGUCCACGAAAUUGCAUUGGAAUGCAAUUCGCGUUAUUGGAGGCAAAGCUCGCGUUAGCGAAGAUCUCACAGAAGUUCCGCUUCUCCAGAGUCACCGACACUGACGUCCCCGUCGUCUUCACUAAGGGUCGGGCUUUCUGUCUGGCGAAGCGACUUGUUGUGGGCAUUCAGAAGCUAUAA